CAAAACCAAAAAAUGAACAAUAUAAAAGGAAGACAAAUUCCAUAAUAUCCCAAAUGAGAAAAAAGAAGAGAAAUGUUGAUCAUCACAAAUCUUACACAACAUUUGUUACAUUUAUUUAAACUAUCUUCUUCUCUUUCAAUUUUCUUCCUUUACUUCUUCUACACUUUCUCACUUCUUAAUAAUAAUAAUCACCUUGUUAAAGCUCAUAAUUUUAUCUAUGCAGGUUGUUCACAAGACAAAUAUCAAUCAAAUUCUCCUUUUGUUCCAAGUUUAAAUUCUCUACUCUCUUCAUUAGUUUCUUCUUCUUCACAAUCUCUUUACAAUAGUUAUGCUUUUCGAAAUGACACUUCAGCCCCUCGAGAAUCGUCUAUUUAUGGUUUGUAUCAAUGUAACGCUGACCUACAAUUAAAAGAUUGUUCAACAUGCGUCGCUAGUGCUGUUGGACAAAUGAACAUAGUCUGUCCAUACAAUUUUGGUGCUAUUUUGCAAUUAGAUGAUUGUUAUGUCAGAUAUGAACAUGAAGAUUUUAUUGGAAGACCCGACACGAGUUUAAGAUAUAACAAGUGUAGUAAGAAUCAACUACGAGGAGACGGAGAGUUCAUUAGGCAUAGGGAUGAGGUUCUUGCGGGAUUAAUUCAAGGUGGUGGUGGGGUGACGGGUUCUAAGGUUAGCGGGUCGGGUUCAAUUGAAGGAUUUGCACAGUGUUUGGGUGAUUUGAGUCCUGAAGAUUGUUCUGCUUGUGUUUCUGAGGCUGUUAUGAAGUUGAAGGACAUGUGUGGUGAUGCUGCUGCUGCUGAUGUUUAUUUGGCUCAGUGUUAUGCUAAAUAUUGGGGUUCGGGUUAUUAUCACUCCUUCGAUCGUACCAAUGACGAUGACGUAGGGAAAACAGUUGCAAUAAUCGUUGGAGUAUUAGCUGGCGUUGCUGUUUUCAUCGUUCUCCUCUCAGUUUGCCGCAAAUCUAUAGGGUAAAAAGAGAAAAGAGAAGCUUAAGCAUGGUCAAGGAAGUGAAAGGUCGAGUUAUGUAGUUUUAUUUGUUAGAAAGCAAUUAUGAGUUCCACUUUUAUUUUGGUUAAUUUUAUUAUUGCAAAUUGUUAGGUGUAAUGGACUUCUAUUUUUUGUUUAUUAGAAGCUAUAAUCAUGAGUUCCACUUACUUUUAUUAA